CGUGACUACGCGAGAAAGUAACGUCAUUACGCCUUUACCGGCGUGCGCGUGCCCGAGCUGCGCCAACAGCGCGUCAUUUGUUCCAACGCAAUCACAGCCGCCCGCUAAAGCGCGCCUCGCGCUCUGCUGUCCGUCCCGUUAUUUUCUCCUCCAUACCGGAAGUUUAUGCAUCCGCUGUUGAUCUCUAUUCAUGGCCAGGGACCAUGAAUUAAGCGUGCUUUUUUUCAUUGGCCGUAUCAAGAAAACGCUGCUCGGUGUGCAGCGUGUCCUGAGUGAGGAGUGCUUGCUGCGAUGGUGCUGGAUCUGAGUGAGAACUGUGUGGAGAGGGCUGAUGGGGAGGACAUGGAGGCCACUCGGGAAGAUUUUCAAGAAGCAGAGCCCAAUAUAGAGAAACCUAACCCUGUCCCAGUCCGUACAAGAAUCAGCAAUAUCAACCAGAGGGACGGGCUGCAUCACAACGGGCCCUGUAGCCCUCCAAUGGAGCAGAGGGUGCAAAGAGUGCAGGGAGCGGAAGGAGGAAGUAGUGGAAAAGCUGAGAAACUGGACUUACCUGUGAAGAGGACAGAACUUCGAAGGCCACUCAGCCUGGAGAUCAAACCUCAGCGUGUUAAGGCGAAUAAUCAGUGUGAAAGAAAAGUGGUGCAGCCUCCAUGGCGUUACGGUGCUCCCUCUCCCCCCACACGAAGCCUGACAAGCCCCAGUUUGGGACCCGGAGGCUGGAUGCGGCGAAGUGAAAGCACUUGUACUGUAAACUCCACGCCACAACCGAGAGCCAGCAGAGGGCGGAUGCGGCCAGCUACAUCCCUGCCUCAUAUUGCCCGGGGUCUUGCACCGGUUCCCACACCUCCUACACCACGUGGGCCCUGUUUACUUGUGGCUCUGAGGCCCAUAAAUCUCGAUCAGGAGCGUCAGACUUUUUUCCAGUCGGAUUAUAAGUACGAGCCCCAGUUCGAGUACUCAUCACCGGAGCCUGUUAGUGUCCUGGAGAAGUAUAAAGAAGGAUCUGGACUUUUUCUUUCCCAGGCAGUUAACAUCAUGGAGUGCGUCCUGAAGAAGUUCGGCACCUACGAGAACUUUGAAGAAGUCACCGGAGGAAGUGUGCUGCCCAAGAGUCGAGUGUGGGCGACGGUGCGCAAGUACUUACAGAAAGAGGGCUGUGUGGGUGAGGUUGUGGUGUCUCUGUCCGAUGAGCUCCUGUCUCAGGCUGUGAUGAUGGUGGAGAGCUGCAGGCCCACUUUAACCAUAAACCUGUCCGGAGCACGGCAGCACUGGCUGGAAGGGAUGCUGAGACAUGAGAUUGGUACUCAUUACUUACGCGGCGUGAAUAACAGCAUGCAGCCGUGGGCCACUGCCGCCGGAAGGAAGCAGUUUGGACUGAAGCCAGCCAAUCCGACAGAGGAGGGACUGGCCAGCAUUCACAGCGUGCUGUUGCGGAAGCAGCCCUUCUUAUGGCGAGCUGCUCUCCUCUACUACACCGUGUACCAUGCAGCCAACAUGAGCUUCAGCCAACUGUUCAGCUAUAUCUCUCGCUUCGUCCAGGACCCCGCCGUACGCUGGGAGUACUGCCUCCGUGCCAAACGGGGACAAACGGACACCUCAAAACCAGGCUGUUUCAGUAAAGAUCAAGUCUACCUGGAUGGAAUCCUAAGGAUUUUACGCCACAGGAGAAACAUCGAUUUCAAGAUGUUAGCUUCGCUGGGCAAGGUGUCCUAUGAAGAUGUGGAAAGGCUUCGUCAUCUUGCGGUCCUGCGGAGAACCAGGAUCCCUCACUUCAUGCAAGACCAAGAACGGUACCUGCAACAGCUAGACCACAUCGUUGUGACUAACGAACUGAACGAUGCUGAGCUUCAAGAGCUCAUUCCGUGAUGAGGAUGAGGGUUUGGUUAUGCAGAACUUUUUUCCUGCAUCAAGUUUGAUCGUUUGGUCAUUUCCAGGUGUGACUCAGUUAAAAAAGGGUGGGGGGUUGGUUUACAGCCUGGAUUAUAUCACCAUAUCAUCUGUGAAAAUUCACAUAGGACAAAAUUUUCAAUCAAGUGGUUUACUAAUCACUUUAUCAUAUUCACAUUGUUUUUAGCGUUAAUAUUUUUUCUUUAAAGUGCCAACACUUGAAGUGAGUUUACAGUUACAGAGAUGCUUGCUUAUCAAUAUCUCUGAACCAAUAAUAUAUAUCAAAAAAUUGGAACCUCUGAAAUCUGAUAUCAGUAUUGUAGCCUAAUUAUUGGAGAUGAAUGAAAGAUCAAGGGUAUCUUCAUGACUUUUUCUAAUUAAGUUGCCGGGAUAUUUCAACAGAACGAUGUAGACAAGCACUCAAGUAGCGAUUUCGCUGAUGUCUUCUUCUUUUUUUCUUCACACUUCCUUUACCUCAUGUUCUGCUAUAAAGCACUGCAUUUUAGUGUUAUUCCUGUGAUGCUGUUUUAGUCACUGCUAAAGCUUUUUAAACCACUGUCAGUAUUUAUGCAAGUAUUUAUUCUUUUUUUUUUUUUUUUUACCUCAUGUAUUCAUAAUGAAAACUGAAUGUUUGUGAUUUUAGCCAAGUAAUUGCAUUGUAAUUAGGGAUGCAUCGAUAAAUAUAUUUUUUUGGACUCGCUGCUCGAUACUGAUACUGAUACAGAUACCAAAUCGAGUAACCUUGACUACUUUAUUGUAUUAGUCAAACAUAGCUCUGUUAAUGCUGGUUGUGACUGAGUACUGCAAGCAGACUGAAUUCCUCAUGCUGAGUCUGAUGAUGGUGUUUAAAUAGUAUUUUUAAUAGAGGGUGGGUGCAUGAGGUUGAGCGUUGAGAGCCGUAUCAGCGAGCCCGCUAAUCACAAAUGAGUUCAAGGUUCCGUGAAUUGCGCCUCGACCCUCAAGCAAAGUGUAUACCCUGAUGAAAAAGCUUGCUGAACUGAUGUGUGCCUCAGUGUUCAGUGUAUGCAGAACUAAAAUGUGUUCACGUGCACACUUGCUUCAGUGCUCCAAGCAAAAUACUUUUGUGUGUGCAUAAUUCAUGGCUCCUUGCCCUCGUUUUAUUGACCACGUUCGCUGCAGUGUGCACUCGGGUCGGCCGCACUUACUCUCUCUAUGAAGAUACUGUUUAUGUGCCGGAAGAUGUUUUAUCAGGUUGGGGAGGAAGAUGCUUUAGUUCCUUCUCUUGAUGUUUCACAGAGCACAGUAUGCAGUCUGCUUUCCUUUAAUUGCCAUCAUUAAUCAUGAAACACAUCCAGAUCGCUGUCAUUUUGGAACAUCUGUUCGUUAGCAUGACAAAUGUACACUACUCUUUAUGUCACACUGGAUCACACAGUGUUGGAUAUUGACCUCUUUUUUUCACCAGCAAAUGAGCACGAUAUUGACCAAUAGUCCAUUUUAGUAUCAGUAUCGAUGCAUCCCUAGUUAACAUACACUUAAGUACUGCAAAAAAGGGUACCAAUGAUCACUAGAAAGCAUCAAAUGUGCUUUAAAAAAAAGUGCAGUUGACGACUAGUAUUUUAUAUCAAGACAAAAAAACUGGCAUUAAAUAUGGUUAAAUAUGGAAAAUGGAAUAUUCAGAUUGUAUUUGGAGUCGAAUGCGACACGUGCGCACGUGUAAGUCGUUACCACUGCAGCGUCUGUCUCUUAAUCCUGUCCACAAGUCGGCUAACCUGCAGCUCCUUCACUGCCGUACAUUCACACAGGGCACGUGAAGGACUCAGGUUGAGAUGCAGCACAGUGAUGUGGAUGUGCCUUCGAUGGGUUCAGAACUCAUCUGUAGUGGUUAUGUGUUUGUAUAAAGUUUGAAAUCAUGUUCAAGUUCAAACUCUGUAGUACUCGUUGUCUUCUGUAUUGCAUGAAUAUUGCACAUUUCAUGAUCAUUAAAUAAUCUGCAAUUUUCAGAUUAUUUAUUAAAAUGCUA